AUGGAGUCCCCCGGCGCCUACCCAGACUCGCCCGGCAUGGACGACAUGGACGUCAUCUACCACUGCAAGGGCUGCGGCGAGAUCUUGGAGGAAGGCAAGGCCUUCGAGCUAGCUGGCAACCGGUGGCACAUUGACUGCUUCCGCUGCAAUACCUGCGGCACCCUGCUCGACUCGGACGCGAACCUCCUGCUGCUCGGCGACGGCUCCCUCAUCUGCAACAAUUGCACCUACAGCUGCAGCGCUUGCAACAACAAGAUCGAGGACCUCGCCAUCCUCACCGGCGACCAGGCCUUCUGCGCGAGCUGCUUCCGAUGCCGCAACUGCAAGCGCAAGAUCGAGAACCUCCGCUAUGCGAGGACCUCUCAGGGCAUCUUCUGCAUGAGCUGUCACGAGUCGCUCAUGGCUCGACGGCGGAAAAAAACAAAAGCUAAUCGACAACAGGCCGAAAACAAGGCCCCAGCCGUGCUCGACAAGUCGCUUCCUGCCCUGCCUCCCGGCGCCUCUCAUUUCUCGCCCGACUUGGAGACUCCUCCCGAAAUCGAGACUCCGGAGGACCUCCCGCACCGUCCGCGCGCUGCGACCUCGGGCGCCAAUGCAAACUUGCGCCGCGAAGCUUCGCCCGCGUCGGACAACAGCCGCAAUGAACCGCAAACGCUGCCCGCCAGCACCUACAGGGAGAAGAGAAGGUCGGCAAUGCCCAUGUCUACGAACUUCGACGACCCCGACGGCAUGUUCGCAAACGUGCCCUUCGCCCUCGAUCCAAACCCCGCCCCUGGCCCCUCUCCUUUGGCGGACAGCAGGACGUACAAUUUGGACGAGGACAAGAAGAACCAGCGUGAUUACUUCAAUGGUGGGAAACCCGGCACAACCUCUCAUCGUGAGCUAUUGAAGGAGAGCCGGUCUGGGUCCUCGCGGUCCAGCUCUUUGGAGCGGAGGAGCAAGUCCACGUCGAGCCCUCAUAUCGCGUUCCAAGAGAAAGGCCGGGCUAUGUCGGGCGAUCGUGUCGACACUAUGCGCCGCAAGGAAGUGCCGUCCUCAAACUCCUCGCCCAGUGCUGGAAACGAACGGCCCCGUGCCCAGCACUCCACUUCCGCCUCCACCGCGGGGUCAUUGGGAGAAGGCUUCAAGUUACAGGAGGUGCCAAAGGACAGGAAGGCGACCAGAACUCGGUCGAGGUCCGAACUCCGCUCUCCGGACGACAGCGCUUCGUCGGCUCGGAAGGAUGCCUCGGAGUCGAGUGCCAUUACCUCCCCCGUCUCGACAAACUCCAGCUACACUCCCACAUCGCAGGACUACGAGCGUGGGGACGAGCCGCAGCCCAUGUCUGCCCCGUUCUCAGCUCCGGCCAUUGAUCGGCCUAAGAGAGGUGAUUCCCUUGGUGCGCAGAGGUCGAACACGGGUGGUCAUUCUUCGCCUUCUACGCCUACUGGUCCCCGAGCUAGCCAUGAACGCAAACCUUCGGCCAACUCUGCUCUUGCUAAUCGCGAUGUCAACACUUUAACACAGAUGAAUGGUGGUCUAACAAUCUCCAAGCCCGUGGAAUCGCCGACUACUAGGAGCAUUUUGGAUGGCCCGCCUCCACGAUCCGGCUCGCGCCCCGUACAUGGCUCCAACCAUGCUGGCGAGUCGUUCACGACGCCCCGGGCCCCGCCGCAUCCGCCCCAAGGAACCUCCAACCAUCGCCCGCAGGAUUCGCUCAGCAGCACCAUCAGCGAUGGUUCGACGCACCCGAUGUCUCCCUCGCUCCUUCGCUACAGUGCCGGUGGCGACUUUUCGGUGGAUGAAGAUAUGGCUCGCAUUUUCAGGGAUAACGAAGAAAAUCACUCGUCAUCGCUAUCGCAAAAGUGGAAAUCGCCACACAAUGGCUCCGUGGAUAUCGGCAGCCCGUCUUCGGCCUCCCCGGACACCAAGGAUGAAUCCUUUUACCUCAAGGCCCAGCUCCGCCAGGCGCAGCAGCGCAUUGCCGAGCUCGAAGCUGACAACAGCAAGCUAAAUGAAUCAGCCAGCAGAUCUUCUGAUAUUAAGCAGGUUAACUCGGAGCUGAAGGAGAAGAGAUCUACCAUCGCUGUCUUGGAUACGCAACGCGAAGUCGUCAUGCGUGAGUUAGAUAUCAUGACUGAGCAUUUGAAAGCUGCCAAGGAUCAGCAACGUCCUUUGGAUCUUCAGGCAUUCCAGUCCGCCUUUUUCCGCGACUUUGCCGCCGAGCUGGAGAAGUUCAAGGCAAAGAUUAGGACUGAGAUAGAGGAACUGGUGCAGAAGCGCAACGAGGUGAACGACGACAUCUUGAACCUCAUCAAAAUGAAAGACAAGGGCUACCAAGAGUACGAGUCUCUCAGCCAGAAGAACACGCAGCUUGCCGAGCUCAACAACCAGCUUGUGCAAACUAUUCAGGACUUGUACAAGUCCUCUAACCGCGGUGCUAACGGCCAGGCCAACAACGCGCUUGGCAUUCAAAUGAACAAUGGUAAAGACAAGGACGUUUCUAUUUCCGACAUCCAGAAGGCUGUCCAGGAGCACCAGAUGAACCAGCUCGCGGAUAACAUGGACGAGAGCACUGUGCUUCAACCCAGAGUUGUCCAGAUCAAGUCGAAGGGGAACAAGUUCAACUGGAAGAAGGGCGGUCAAGCUGUUGCCAAGAACGUCACCAAGGGUCUCAAGGGAGCGUUCGCGUCGCAGCAGCCGAUGAACCAGCAUGAUGGUCUUACCGUUGGAGGUGUACCGUACGGAGCGAUCCAAGCUGGCGUUACGCCAUCGCUUGAGCCAGCUGCUGGUGCGCAGAAGGGUGGUGAGCGCGGUUUCGGUGGCUUCUUUGGUGGAGGACAAAAGGCUGUGCAGAAGCCUAUCCAGAAGCCCUCGCACCACCACAACAACAGCACGACCCAACUCUCUGCUGCGGAGACGCUGUUUGGGUCGGAUCUCUCGGAGCGCUGCGAGUUUGAGAAGGCGACGAUCCCAAGCAUUGUCCGCAGGUGUAUUCAGGAGGUGGAACUUAGAGGUGUCGACGUUGAAGGCAUCUAUCGUAAGAGCGGUGGUUCCGGCCAGGUCAACCAAGUACGCCUCGGGUUCGAGAAGGAUGCCGAAUACGACAUUUCAGACCCGGAUCUGGACAUUCACGCAGUUACUUCUGCUCUCAAGCAAUACUUCCGCAGGCUGCCUAACCCUCUCAUUACGUUUGAAGUCUACGACGAGCUCCUGGCCGCGGGUCAGAUCCAAGAUGUCGAGAAGCUCGUCCCGGCCAUGCGGCUCGCCAUCGAUAGCCUUCCACAGCAUCACAGGGACUGUCUCGAGUUCCUCGUCUUCCAUUUGGCUCGUGUGAUGGAACACAAGAAGGACAACUUGAUGACGGCGGUUAAUAUUGCUGUUGUUUUCGCGCCGACUGUCAUGCGCCCGCAAUCCAUCGAGCGUGAAAUGACGGACAUGGGACCGCAGCGCACGGCAAUCCAAGCGCUUUUGGAGCACAACAAGGGCAUCUUCGCUCCCGAGGCCGAGGUUUCAGCCCCGGUGUAA